AUGGACCAAAAUAUAAAAGAAAUAUCUUUACCAUCAACACCAUUUGUUGAAAAUUAUUUUUAUUAUCCAAAUGGAGAAUUUAAACAUCCAGAUGAUAUUAAUCAAUUAGUUGAAUAUGAUUAUAAUUAUCAAUUAUAUCUUAUGGCUCAUUAUGGUUCGAUUGGGACAAUAUGCAAUAUGUUUAUUUAUGUCGAGAUUUUACUUCAAUGGUCUGAUUUAGUAAAACUUCGUUUUGGUUCACGAUGUGAAGAUUGUCCAUCAUUAUAUAGAUAUAUGAAAGAAUAUACACGUUUAAUAGCCAAAACAUUUCAUGGUUCUCGUCUUGAUAAUUCUCAUUCAACACCAUUAUGGUUUGCAGAACUGAACUUUUUACUCGAAUAUAUUCAUUUAAAAAAAAAUAAUUAUCGUCAAUUAUUAUCAAAUAAACCAUAUUCAUGGUUUUAUGAUAAAACACAUGAUAAUCCAUGUCAAAUUGAAAGAAGAUCAAUUGAAGAUACAAUAACACGUUCAGCAUAUGUUUCUAUGGCUUAUUGUUCAACUGGUUCAAGUCGAGGUUAUGAUGAAUUAAUUCCACAUUAUAUUGAUGUUGUUCAUGAAACAAGAUUUUAUUCUCGAUGGGAUUUGAAAUCAAAACAAACUAAUGAUAAAAAUUUCUAUGAUUUAUUUUAA